AUAAAUGAAAAAAAAUACCAAAUAACUUAAAAAAUCAACGAAUAUGUAUUAUCUCAAAGGAUCUUUCCCCAACAUAAGAGGUAAUAUAACUAACGAUGAAGGCUUAUUAUCAACAUAUAUACCGCAACGCAUAGUAUUAUCAUCACAAAUUUUACGAAAAGAUUUGAACAGCAAUCCCGAAGAGGCUGUUUCUCAGGAAUACGAGAAAUUUGAUGACGUGGAUGAACUCUUUAAAAACUUAAGCGGACAAAUACAAGACAAACUUAAGCAAUGCAGGGAAAAUAAAGAUAAAUUGAAAUUAAAUAAGCCACCAACCGGGAAAGCAAAUAACUUCGUCCAUGAAUUUCUUGAAGUCAAGAAACGUUUCGAAGCAGAUUUUUCAGCUAAUACUCGAAUCUAUCAGAGCUCUUCACAGAGCCUCCCAAAUAGCGAAACACGUCGAGAUAUAAAUAAUGAAAAGUACAAAUUGCAGAUGAGUUCUGUCGAUAAAUAUGUGGCUAUGCUUCAGUCACAAAAAACUGCUCAAAGUGAUAGCUUGAACAAAGCUGUUAAAAAAUAUUACUCUCUGCAAACACAAAAUUGGGUGCCAGGAGCAGUGAUGACGAAAAUAAAGGUCGAUUCUGAGUGUCCCUCUAGUUUUUCUGGAAGCUUAAUCGAAAACCAUAAUCCAUUACUAAAUUCAAAUGUAAAUGAUGAAGAAGAAAAAAGAAGGAAUAAAGUGAAAAAUGGACAGUUGUACGGUUUUACUUAUAAGUCAGCUCCAGCUUUCAAAAAUUCAAAAAGUAAAAAAAAGUCGUUCAUCGAAGAAUUUUGUGAAUUGAGAGACAAGCUUGGAGUAAUUACGAAAAAUAAAAUAAAUUAUCAGGAAGAAAAUUUAGAUUUAUUGAAUACAGAAAAUAAAGGAGAAACGAUGAGUUCUAAUUUCAAACAAAAGCCAGGAAUUGAAAAACGUAAAAACAGGAUUGUCACUCCUUUUGGUAGUAUUCGAACAUCGUUCUUUAGUAAGUAUAAUCCUGCUGAAACACCAACAGCCAAUAGAAGAAAAAGGAGCAGCACAAUAAGAGAAGAUAUCACAGCUGAUUGGGUGAAAGGAGAUGUAAUCCGGCGAGGAGAAAUCAUGACAAAAAAUUUCAUUGACGUGAAGAAUCGGGAGCAUACUCCGGAAAAUAUUGAAGAACCCCAUGAUUUGUAUUGCGAUUUAUCUCCCAGUAAUAUUUUACAAAAUAUCAAGUCCAUAGAAAAUAAAUCAGAACUAUUAUUUACUCCUAUAAAUGAGUACAGCAGAGCGACUCCAAGUUAUACACCUGUUAACACCACUGCUCAGAGCAAAGAAAAUGAGCAGAUUUUCCAGAAAAAGGACUAUUGCACUUCUACUAUAACAAUGUCUACAGUGCUAUGUUCUAGAAAUAUAAACAUUCAAAAACCCAAUUUUGUUAUCACUGAAACAAAAGUAACAAAGUUGAUGUUCCCUUCACAUCAAAUGAAAUUAUUUCAGAAUCAUUAGCUUUAGGUAUUUCCUUCUAUUACCGUGUUUCAUCGCUUUCUAUUGUAUAUUUUCACAAAUAAAAAUAAGAAUUAGUAAUAUAUCAUUUUUUUCAUACAAAUUUUAAUACUAUAAUUUAUCUUUUGAUAUUAAUGAUUUACACCAUCAAA